AUGACGUUUGGUAUGGGUAUGCCUGAACACACUGGUCGUAAUUUCCACCACGAAGCCGGCCACCUAACCAUAGCCUCCUUGGCCCUCUCCGAACUCAUGGACCUCCGCUCAAUCGUCCUCGGAGUUAAGCCCCCUGCGUGUACAGUUAAAGACAAAUUCACAUUCUCUUAUCCACAAGCAGCAGACAAAAACACCCAAGAAGAACACGACUACGUCAUCACCCUCAGCAACGACAUCUUAGCCUUUUCCAAAGACCAAUGCAUUGAAUCCAUGAAGAAGCUCAUAAACUCGUGCGACACAAAAGAUGGCCCCAUAGACUAG